UGAUCACGAGCACGGAAACGGUGUUUAUAUUCCGGGUAUUCUAUGAGAGUACUCUCAAAACUCUUUAAAAAAAACCCCAGUAUUGUAACAUAACAUCAACAAUAUCAAAGACUAUCUGGGCCUGAAGGAUGGCUCAGGAAGGUGGACCGCCCUUCCUCUUCUCCCUCUUCACGUUUCUCUUCAUGCUAUCAUCUCUGUGUGACUGUCACCCUCACUCUGCUGGGUUCAUGAGGUCAAUGGCUGCAGCCAGGGCUGUAUCUAAUCACACUACGAGGAAAUUCUCAGACAUAGCUACAGAGGUAGCAGGCUAUGCUGAUGUGGCCAAACAGAUUAUUGACCUGGCUGUGUUUGGAGCUGCCCAGAACCGCUCUUACAGACGGCUGGCUGACUUCACCGACGCCAUAGGGAACCGUGUUAGUGGCUCACACAACCUGGAGAUGGCUAUCAAAUACAUGUACAAUGCUAUGACGCAGGAUGGGCUGGAUGUACAUUUAGAGCCAGUCAAAAUCCCACACUGGGUAAGAGGGAAGGAGAGUGCAGAAAUGAUUGCACCGAGGGCCAAAAGUCUGGCUAUACUGGGACUGGGUAGCAGUGUAGGGACACCACCUGAGGGUAUUGAGGCAGAGGUGUUGGUGGUUCAGUCUUUUGAGGAACUGAAGCGUAGAGCCAGUGAGGCCAUGGGGAGGAUUGUGGUCUUUAACCAACCAUUUGUCAGCUAUGGGGAGACGGUGGCUUACCGUGCUUAUGGCGCGUCUGAGGCAGCCAAAGAAGGAGCUCUGGCCACACUCAUUCGAUCUAUUACUCCUUUUUCUAUUAACAGUCCCCACACAGGUUGGCAGGACUACCAAGCUGGAGUGAAGCGCAUCCCUUCAGCCUGUAUUACUGUAGAGGAUGCUGAGCUGAUGUGGCGUAUGGCACAGAGAGGGCAGAAGAUCGUGGUCAGACUCACAAUGGGAGCCAAGACUCUGCCGGACGCUGACUCCUUCAACACAGUGGUUGAAAUAACAGGCUGGCAACACCCUGAGCAGGUUGUCUUACUGAGCGGCCAUUUGGACAGUUGGGAUGUGGGCCAAGGCGCCAUGGAUGACGGAGGUGGAGCCAUGAUUUCCUGGGAGGCCCUGUCACUUAUCAAGGACUUAGGUUUGCGUCCGAGGAGAACCCUGCGAACAGUGCUGUGGACAGCUGAGGAGCAGGGUGGAGUCGGCGCGCAGCAGUACUAUAAUCUACAUAAGGUGAACAUGUCCAACUUUGACCUGGUCAUGGAGUCGGACUUGGGGACAUUUACCCCGGUGGCUCUGCAGUUUACUGGCAGUGAUGCAGCACGAAAGGUGAUGGCAGAAGUGGUCAAACUGUUGUUUCCCAUUAAUACGACCAAACUGGAGGCACAUGGAGAAGGGACAGACAUCUCACCGUGGAUGCAGGCAGGAGUACCAGGUGCUAGCCUCCAUGUAGCAGACAAUCGAUACUUUUGGUUCCACCACAGUGAAGGUGAUACCAUGACUGUUCAGGACCCUCAAGCCAUGAAUCUCUGCUCAGCAUUGUGGGCCGUGGUGGCCUAUGUCGUAGCAGACCUACAGGACAUGCUGCCCAGGUAGCCAGUUAGCACACAGGAUGCUGAGCCCCCCCCCAGUUUACAGGAAGACCGUAUGGUGACUAUGAACAGCUGGACUGGUUGAUUCCAUUGACUGAGUUAUAAAAUCUUUACAAAUUGAAUGUAAGUCGCCCAUUGUUUUUACAGUCAAUGAACAAGACCAUGACUUUCUCAGGUA